GCGCGGCAGAGAAACUGCCUCUUUCUCUGCAUUGCAGCUGAGUCUUUCUGCCAUUUCCUUGUAGGAGAAAUCUCAGCACUGUAAAAGCGAACAUCCCAGGUGCAAAAGAAGGAAGAAAUUUCUCAAUUUUUCUUCCCAAACUGCCUCUUUACGGAUCCCAGUCUGCAUUUUCUCAGUUAAAAAAGAAAAAUCUGGAUCGAAUGAGAGGAGGGUAAUGGGAUUUUCUCCGCUUCGAAAGGGCUAGAAAUCGCUUCCUUGGAAAGAGAUUGGAUUGAGAAAAAGAUCAAUUUCAACUCGAUUUCCUCAGAAAUUCAUCGUCCAAAGGUUAGUUGUUACAAGGGUGUUUUGGUCGAGUGAAAGCUGAAAGUGUUGUUUUGACAAAUGUUCAGAAGUGAAAGUUUUUUGUGACCAUCGGCAUCUUAUACACCAUUGAAAUGGAAGAAAUUUUGAUACAGAGCCAAAUUACUGCCAUGGAUAAAUCUGCCAAUGUGGUCUUGGAUAUUGAGAGCCUGGCGCAAUCCUCUGAUAAAAGCUCGGGCAGUCCAAAAAUGACUAAAGCUCUCUCUCGUAAAGGGUCUUCACGAAUUGAAAGAAGAAACAGUGAGGAGCAGGAAGUGGAAGAAUCAUCUAGGAAGCUCGUAGUAAAAGUAGCAAAUUCGCAGAUGGAACCAUUAAAACAGCCACUGAUAUCUACUAAACCGUUGAUCUUGGUGACGACAAUGGCUGUCAAUGGAUCCAGCACCUCUGAUGCCCCUGAUGUAAGGAGUAAAAGGUUCAAUCGUUUUGGUGCCAUCCAUCCAAAGAAGAUCCUUCUCAUCUUCGCGACGCUAUUUUGCAGGUCUAGCAUGGGGACAUUGAUGCUCAUCUACUUCACUCUUGCCAUUGGCAGAAGGAGUGCAGCUUGAAAAGGUCUCCCUGGCAUACUUUGGAGAGAAGAAUUUGCCCAUCUGCCAAAGCUCAAGACUGCAACGCUUUUCUCUCCAGCAAUGAAGUUGACCUGCAUUUAUUUUGUAAUGAACUGCAUUCAUUGCACCAUUCCUUUAUACUUUGUUUUUGGGAAAUUUUGAUCUUUCCAGGUGUAUAUAUGCUGGGUAUUGUUGGAUCUCUUUUACUUUCGAUGAGUCUUAAUUAUCCUACCUGCUCAUGCGGGUAUGUGUGCA